AUGAACACAUCUACCAUCGCUUUACCCUCUCCAUCAAGUCUCUGGACAACUGCACGUUUGGUUGGCGCACUCAAUGUCGCUGGUUCCUUUGCUGCACUAUGGGCUUUUGUCAAAGUCCUAAGGGUGCUUCGCUUGCGGUCAAAGACGACUCAACUGCGGGGUCCACCUCGUACCAGCUUCAUAUAUGGUGUUUCCCGCGACCUCGACUCAUCCCAUGAUAGUGGUGCAAUGUUCGAACAUUGGGCCACAGAAUAUGGGGUAGUGUAUAUGAUUCCGGGUGUCCUCGGACAAAAUAUGCUCGUGUUGUGUGACCCAAAAGCUAUAGCACAUUUGUAUGCCCGGGAGACGUGGACCUAUAUGCAGACGCCCUCUUCGUUGGCAUUUAUGGAGGCAUCACUCGGCAGAGGGAUACUAUGGUCUCAUGGUGAACAACACAGGAAGCAGCGGAAGGCCCUUGCACCAGCUUUCAGUAAUGGAGCCAUCCGAAAACUCACAUCAGUGUUUUAUGACUCAGCAUACAAGGCCAAAGGUGCAUGGGAUACCACUAUAGAAUUGAACAAAGAUGGGAACGCUGUCAUUGAAGUUCAAAACUGGAUGAAUCAUAUAUCUCUGGAUACGAUUGGCAUUGCUGGUUUCUCCCAUGAUUUUGGCUCGCUCGAUGGCAAGCGCGCCAGCGUGACCGAGGUGUUUGACACUUUCGGAAGCAACUUGCAGGCCUCAGCAUUGAACCAAGCCUUUGACCUGCUUGCAUCAGCGUUUGCCAUCUUCACCAAGAUCCCCACAAAGAGAAUGAAGCUGUUCAAGAAAGUCGGUAUAACCAUGGGAGAAAUAUCGGACGACUUGUUGAUUCGCAGUCGUCAGGAAAAGGAUGCGAAUGUUGCCGAGAGAGACGAGGAGAAGUCCAUCAUUGGAUUGUUGUUCAAAUCUGAAAGCCAGGAUACUGAGCUCCAUAUGUCCAAGGAGGAAGUAGUGGCUCAGAUGAAGGUUUUACUUGUCGCGGGUUAUGAGGCGACAGCCAUCGGUCUUACGUGGGCGCUGAUCGAGCUAUCGCAACACCCUGAUGCCCAAACCAGACUUAGAGAGGAACUACUUGCGUUUGGUGCUGAUCUGACAUACGACCAAUUAAAGGCCACACUCCCAUACUUGGAUGCGGUUGUUCAUGAAGUUCUACGACUCCAUCCUCCGGCGCCCGAUUUCAUUCGUCUUGCAGGCACAGACGACAUUAUUCCCUUGAGCGAACCUGUGUGCAAUGCAUCCGGGGAAAUGACGGAUAGCAUUUCUGUAGCAAAGGGGACAUUGAUCAUGAUAUCAGCCGUGGCGAUCAAUCGCUCUUUGGCUAUCUGGGGACCUGACGCAAAAGAAUUCAAGCCUGAACGUUGGCUGGCUGAAGGUGGUAUCAGCGGGAAGGCCAAGGAAGUCCAAGGCCAUAAGCAUUUGCUGACGUUUGUCGACGGCCCGAGGACGUGUCUUGGAAAAGAUUUCGCGAUUACGGAGUUCAAGACAGUUUUGUCGGUUCUGGUGAAGAACUUCGUGUUUGAGAUGCGGGAUGGACCGAAUACUUGGGUCGAGGUUGUGAGGGGGAUUUUGCCUCGUCCGCGGGUUGUUGGAGAAGAUUCCACUGGAGUACCUUUGAAAGUUCGUCGGUAUCAAUGACCGGUUAUGCUGCACUAGCAGCUUCACAUAUUCCUCACUUAUUCGCGACUGGGACUCUUAAAUGACAUGUGUAUAGCUCUGUCAGCCUGC